AUGCAUCUCAAUGAACUUCCAGCCGAGAUCAUCAGCAGAAUAUGCAGGUUCUUGGGGCUGAUCAUCCGUAAACACGUAUUCCCGAGCCUGGUUCUUGCUUACAAUAAUCACGACUUUGAUAGCUUGAGAAAGACUUGCAAGGAGCUGCGUCACAAAACAGAAUACGAUGCUACCGUACGAUACCGUAAGAGGUUCUCGACACGCACCGUGCCUUUGGAUUAUCAGUCGUGCGACAAGUUUCUGAACGUCAUCAAAGUCCCAAUCUUUCGAGAUAUGAUACAGACAAUCCGCUUCAAGCUAAGGGAUCAGUACAAUGACCCAUAUGACUUCCGCGACAAUCCCGAUGAUGAGGACGGCGCGCCCGGGCGCACGAUUCCUCGCAUUCGGACAAGAAUGUUUUUAGAGUCAGACGAAGCGUCGGAAAUCCUUGCAGAUUGUUUUCGAAAUCUUGAAAUGCCGAGGAGACUACAACGCAUCGAACUCCUGGAUAAUUUUGGACACGACCUUAUACUCCGUUCAAUGGAACUUGCGAAUUUCUCUCGGAAGCUCGCCUAUCUACCCAUCGAACCGGAGCAUUUGUUAAGAUGGGGUUAUGACAAGCUGCAACAAACGCCAAAGACUUUUUCACCCUACAUCAAGGGCCUGAUAAUGCAACCGUUGUUGCCUGAUCCGUGUGACACAGAACCUCCAGCUGCGGGGCAGGCAGUCAACCCCCUCGGCUUGCACAUCAAAGAUUAUCGACCUACGAAACCCUCUUUUACUGAGCUCAUGUCAGCAUUCAUCGACGUAGAAGAGAUCCAGCUCUAUGGCUGCCGUUCCAAUCCAGCACUGCGCUUCUGUCAUGGUUGCGACGAUCUGUUUGCUCAAAACUUUGCGCCCACGCGUUACCACAGCCUCAGCAGACUCGCCAUUCAACGCAUAUUCAUCAGUGGCGGGCGCCUACGUCGAUUCAUAAAACGUCACGCAGACACGCUCAACAAGCUUGAAGUCAGUUACGUGUCACUAACCGACGGGUCGUGGCAGUCUAUUGCCCAGGGCCUAGCCAAGCUACGGUACUUGGGCGAGUUGAAGCUCUCAAGAUUAACACAAAAGCAUGCCAUAAGGAAUGUUGACCGGCCAAAAGAGUACUGCAAUGACUUUGAGUUGAAUUUGAGGAGUAGAGACGAUGUGCAGCACUUCCUCGAGGUAUUCAUCACAUACUUCAGUACGGUUCUUUACCUGAACUCUGACCGCGUGCGCGGAAGCCCGCCGAAAUAUCACCAGGUGAAGCUGUUUCGACUUCCUGAAAAGGCAAUUGAGGAGAGUCUGUCGGAGGAAGCUGCUGCCCUGUGGAAGUAUGCGGAAAUUGGUGGGUUUAAGUGA